GCAGUUUGCUUGACGACGCUCUUUGUUUUUAGUCAUCAAAUUCUGUUACUCUAGGCUCUAGGGUUACUUAAGCUAUUAUCAGUUUAUUUUCGUAAUUUCCCGAAACUCACUGAUAAUUCGGGGAAUCAAGUUGACAAAACAACUGGCGUUUUAACGUUAAGAAGUGACCGGAAGUACAUAUUCUGCGACAAUCGGUUUUAGAUCGUGCGUGUCUUUAGAUAAUUUAGAAAUGGCGACAGCCGUACCCUCGAGAUUUGCUGUUCUUGCCAUCGAGGACGACGAUUUCAAGCCGAAAAAAACACUAAAGUCAGCCAGUGCUGGAAAGACAGCUCAGAAAACUAAAGGUGACAAGCAGAAACAACAACCUAAAAAGGACGAUAAGAAAAAACAAAGCAAGGGGAAAAAGAAGAAGAACGGCUCUGAGGACCAGCAAUGGGAACAAUGGAAGCGAAAGGAUUCGAUGGCAGUAGAAGAAACAUACGAACAAGAUCUUCACCAAGCUAUCAUGCUAUCAAAAAUAGCGUAUGAAGCACAAGCGGAAAAUGGCACAAAAUCCGAUAAAGAAGAGGAUCAAUCAAAAAAAGGCAACAGCAAGAAGUCCAAAAAGUCCACCAUGACCCUCGAUGAAUUUAAUAACAUGGGUGCCAAUUUGACACAAAACUCUAUAGAAAAAUCUGAAGAUUCAGAAGUCAAAACUGAAGAAGCUGAUCCUGAAUAUUUCGAGAGGGUCCAGAAGGAAAUAAAUAAUGAGAUCAUCAAGGGGAAAGAGAAAGAUUUGUUAAAGGCGAGAUUAACUCAAAUCGACGACGAUGAUAUCACCUCCGCGCAAUUAAGAGCGAAAUUAGAGAAGAGAGAUGACCUGAUCAAAGAACUCAGGGAAGAAGUUCGCAAAGUGAGAGAAGAACUUACUAACGUGAAAAAUAGGAAUAAAAAGCUAUAUCAAAUACUAGGGCAAGGCGAAAUGAAAGAUAAAGCUGCAGUGCUAUUGGAAGUAACCAAACUCCAAGAGAUAAGAGAAGAACUAGCGGCGGAAGUGACAUCACUCCAUGCUCAACUAGAGCAAGAAAGGUCCAAGAAUCAUGCUUCCAAUGCUGAAACUAAAACUACAAAACAAAAUAGCAAGAAGAGGCUGGCUAGUGAAAAUGCCUAAAUUUAGUUUUCCAAAGUAUAAAGUAUGAUCAGAGAUUGUGCACAUCUCUGGUAAGAUGAUAUUGUGAUCUAAUUAGUUUUAAGUGUCGUGAUUGUUUAACAUUGAUUUGAUUUUAUAUUGAUACACAAUUUUACACUUUCACGCGAAAUAAUCAUUUUUUCAAGGUAGUGUCUG